GAGUCUCGGGUGUGUGGCAGGAUCGUUUCAUUGAAUGUCCCGAAGCCUUCGUCACCGACCCGUUACUCACGAACACGAGGAAGAGCAAGAAGUCUCCCCGAAACUCCGCCGCUACAGUACGGGUUCGUCCAUGGCCUACAGUCGCCGUCCGGUCAUCGCCUACGCGCGUGGAAUAACGGGGGGUACCAACGCGGCGACCCGACCGCGAGCCAACGGCAAUCUCUCGGUCUACCGCAACAAAAUCGGGCUCGUACUACUAGCCACCGUGGCUUACACGGCUUUCCUGUACCGAUCGGGUGGGGCACGCAGCUUUCUCGGCAACGCGACGUUGGGUAUGGCGGCCAUGUCGAAGGCUGGGCGUCGCCUGCAGGUAUCUACUUGGAAUAUUGCGGCUAUCAACAACAAUCCCUUCGAGUACUGGAUUACCUACAACAAGGAAUACGAGGAUCUCAUGGUCAAGGUGGAGUCAUUCUUGGAUUCUCCGGGUGACAAAGAUGUGGCCGUUCCAAAAGUCUUUUCACAGAGCAUGUUUGAUCAGUUGGAUGCACGCAUGACUAGCGUAGGUUGGCAAUCCGUCAAGCCAUACUGGGAGAAUGAUUUUUCCAAGCGCACGAUCGUCGAAGGUUUCAUGAAAGACGGUUUGCUAGGACUCAAACGUCUGGCAUCGAUGCCAGAUCGAAUGACGAAUACCAUAAAUACGGAAGAUGGCAACAUGGUGUUCCGUCCAACGAUUAUCAACAUGUACGAAGACGAUCUAAGUUCUCAGGAAAUUUGGUGGGAGAAGUGGAGUUCGUUCAUGUUCGAUACUAAAUUGAAGAUUAAAGGCAAGGGUGAUGUAGUACAAGAACAGAUGCCUUACCAAAUGCUUCAAAAGAUCAAACGCUCCAAGUACAAAGCCGUUACUGAGGAAGAAGAGAAAGACUCUCUUCCUUUGCAAACAAUGUGUGGAGCCAUUUUUGACGCAAUUCUCGUUCACAUGAUGAAUACUGUUUCGACUCCGGAUACGUGGCAACCUUUAAAGCGAACCAUGGUUCAAGCGCUUAACAAGCAAAAGGUCCCAAAUACACUCAAGAUCAUGGAAAAACACUACAUGGACUCCGAUAUAAUUACUCUGCAAGAAGUCUCCGCUAGUUUAAUUGAUCAAGCGCGAAAGUCGGCAAUCGGGAAGAAGUUCCAUAUCAUCGCGCCCGCAAAUCUGGACGCUGUGCGAGAUCAAAACUCCGUUGUUUGUUUAAAGCGCUCAACGUUUCCGGAUGGAGCAAUCGAAGAGAUCACAGCAAAAGUGGAAGCGGCAUUUCCUAAGGAUGAGGACAUACCGGUAUCCAACGGAGACAUUCUCGCUGUCACGACCAAAAGUAUUGACAACGUGCCGUUUGUGGUUGCCUCAUUUCACGGAGACACAAACGGUCUCGCUACCAAGCCCGUGGUGGACGCUAUCCUGAAAGCAAUGGGUGCGGACUCAAAACUCGUCUCACAUCGUCUAGUUUUUGGUCUAGAUGCCAAUACUUACGAAAAAGCGAUUCCUGAUAGUCAGCAAGAUGUCUUGGAUUUUGGGAAGUCGUACGUCAAGCAUGGCCUGACUUCGUGCUGGGGUGACGUGCCUGAUCCGAAAAACUAUACUACUUUUAACGCCCGCACCUUUCUACAACCUCAGCUUAACAAAGCUUGUCGGCGAGAUGAGAAACGCAGUAACGGAGAUGUGAAUCCCAAGGAUUUUAUUUU